CCCUCUCCUCCUCCCCCCUCUCCUCCUCCUCCCUCUCCUGCUUCCCGGUGACGCUCAUACACCUGGCCAGGUGAACAACACUCUCCGGCGGAAUCACCUUCUUCUGUGUCUCGUAAAAACAUCUCCAGCAGCAUCAGAAGACACAAACCUGACAUUUUCAUCAUCAAACCAUCUUCUGUGAUGGGUGAUGGAAUGAAGACGCAGCUGGUGAGCGCCAUAGACCUGCAGGAGGUGGAGCUGCAGGAGAAACCUGCAGACAAGCAGCAUGGUGUCAACAACAACCAUGACGAGACGUUCACUGUCGAAGAAGCUGUGGAAACUAUCGGCUUCGGUCGUUUUCACAUCCUGCUGUUCCUCAUCAUGGGCAGCACUAGCAUACUGGAGGCGAUGGAGAUCAUGCUGCUGGCGGUGGUGUCUCCGGAGAUUAGAUGUGAGUGGCAUCUAGAGGACUGGCAGGUCGCUCUGGUCUCCACGAUGGUGUUUCUGGGCUUCAUGAUGUGUGGAGUUUUAUCAGGAUACAUCGCUGAUCGAUACGGACGCUGGAAGGUUGUGUUCGCGGGCUUCGUGUGGAGCUCGUAUUUUUCUCUGCUCACGUCGUUCGCGCCGACGUACGGGUGGUUCAUCUUCCUGCGCAGCAUGGUGGGCUGCGGGGUCGCGGCAGUGUCACAGGGGUUUGUGUUAAAGACUGAGUUCAUCCCUGCAAAGUAUCGAGCCUACCUGCUGCCUCUGGCCUCUAUCUUCUGGAUGACGGGGUCUAUGCUGAUCAUCGUUCUGGGGAUGUUGUUGGUUCCGACUCUGGGCUGGAGGUGGAUGAUCCGUAUCUCCGUCGCCCCGAGCAUCAUCCUUAUCUUCCUUUUCAGGUUCAUACCUGAGUCGGCUCGUUAUAACGUGUCUGCGGGGAACAUCAAGGCGGCCGUCGACACUCUGCAGAUGAUCGCCAAAAUGAACAGAUCGUCUCUACCUCCAGGACGUCUAGCAGAGCCACCUGUGAGAGAGAGAGGCAACUGGAGGAUUCUGCUCAGUCCGUCGUACAGGAGGACGUCCAUUCUCCUCUGGUUUUCAUGGUUUGUGGCGUCCUUCGGAUACUAUGGCUCGGUGCUGAGCAGCUCCGAGCUGCUGGAGAAGAACUUGUUGUGUGUGAAGGACGCAGACUUAGAGCAUCAGGUCAAACACCGCCAUGAAGACGGGCUGUGUUACUGCAUCCCCUUUGCACUCAGCGACUACCAGACGCUGCUCAUCAGCUGCCUGGGAGAGGUCGCCUUGGUCCCUCUAAACAUCUGUCUUCUCAAUGUUCUUGGACGUAAGUUGACUCUGACGGUGCUGCAAACGCUGGCGGCCAUUUUGUUCAUGAUGCUCAAUAUCUGCACCACCAUGUUUGGUUUCACAGUUCUGCUGUUCCUUCUCCGGUCUCUGGUCUCCAUGAACUUUAAUGUGGUUUAUAUUUACACUGCAGAGGUUUAUCCAACGGCGGCUCGGUCUCUGGGGAUGGGUUUCUGUACGUCAUUCAGUCGUAUCGGGGGAAUGAUCGCUCCGUUCAUCGCUCAGGUGCUGAUGUCUCAGUCGGUGGUUUUGGCGCUCAGUCCGUUCACUGUGGUGUGUCUUAUCUGCGCUCUGGGGAACUUCCUAUUACCGAUUGAAACUAAAGGACGAGCUUUGCUGCAAAACUCCUGAGGACGUCUGUUAGUGUUAACCUGUGAAUAUGAUCAAGCUGCUCUGUGCUGUGAUCCACAGUCGGAGCUGAUUUAUUUAUGAAUGAACUGAGGAGGACUGGUCUGAAGGGGCCAGAGGUUGUCACUGUUCUUAUUUAACGUUAAUAAAACGUUUAAACAGUUUAAAAAGUUUUUGCUGAUUUGAUUUCAGUUUAAAUUAAUUUGUCUCAAACUUAUGAACUUUAUGUUUAUAAUAAUUUAAUAACACUCAUUGCAAUAAAUUAUAUUUCUAUGCUCAUGCUGUUUUUGCUCUCAUCACUGUAAUUGUUGUAAUGUAAUGACCUCAUUUGACCACCAGAGGGAGACUGUCUUCCUUACUGAGGGUUCAUCUGCUGCUUGUAUCUAACUGUAUAUGAAGAUUUUUAAUUAUUUUAUUUAAAUAACUUUUUUUAGUACAAUCAGGUUGUACUAAACUGAACUUUCCCUGUUCUGUAAGCACAUUUUUUUAUAAAUGAAAAUAAAGUGUUUUAUGAA